AUGGAUUGCUCAUCAAACCCUACCAUCACCGACGAGGAAUUCGAUCGAUUCCUCGACGCACCUGACGAAUUUUACUACGAUUGCUUCCCGAUCCGUUCCCGUUCCCACCGCCAGCAUUCGGCUAAUCCCUCCGCCGCGAGUCUCCGGCGGCGAAAGUCGGCACCUAUCCGGAAUUUGAUUUCUUCCGAUGUAGAUUCGGAGCCGUCUUCUUCCUCUUCCAAUGGAUUUCAAAUCAAUGGGAAGCCGAGCUCUGUGGAAAAGGGGGAUUUCGAGACAAGCGAGGAUGUUAGCGACCUAAUCGAAUCAACAAUGGACCUAAUUGACAUUUCUCCGGAAAAAGAGAACGACUUGGUGGUGAUUACGGAAGUAACCGAUUCGGGUCGGGACCGGGUUGACCCGUUUCAGGAAGGGAAUUGCAUGAGCGAAGAUCAAACCGGAGAAUCAACGGUGAGCGAUGAUGAAGAAGACGACUAUUCCGGAUCGGAACCACCGCCGCGCCCAGAACCUAACUCAGCAGAUUCGUCUCUCCUUCUGUCUUUGGCUGGGCUAGUGUUCAAAGCAAUCGAAUUUCAAGUCAAUUUGAUGAUCGGCUUUGUAAAAUAUCCUCCAUUGUUGCUCAGCUGGUGCUUUCGCUUCUUCUUCGAUCCCUUUUUCACAAUUAAGCUUAUCAGACGCAUUUUAACGAAGAGGGUUUCUCUGGUAAGUGAUAUGAUAUUGGGAGCCUUUAAUCUAAGCUGGUUAAAAGAUACAAAACGAAUGUUGAGCGUUGCAUGCAAGUUUGGAUGGGGUUUGUGUUGGGCUGCUUAUGUAGGCAUUGUCUUGUUUGGCUUGCUGGUCACUGCGCUUAUGCUUGGUGGGUUUAUGAUAAACCGUAUCGCCCAUAAACCAUUCCUUGUCAAGGAGAUCUUGAAUUUCGACUACACCAAGAACAGUCCUGAAGCAUAUGUGCCUAUAACCUCGUGUGCUGGUGUUGCUUGUGAGGGAAGUUGCAAGGAAAGUAAUGAAAUGUGGCAGAUCAGAGGAUUGCGAGCUAUCCCUCGAGACCACAAGUUAGAGAUCGCUCUUGAAAUGACAUUGCCUGAGUCUGUCUACAAUAAAAACCUCGGCAUGUUUCAGGUUCGGGUGGAUUUCUUAUCUGCGGAUGGCCAAACGCUUGCUAGCAUAAGUCGUCCGUGCAUGUUAAGAUUCAGGAGCGAGCCAAUCCGUCUUGUUCAGACGUUCUUCAAAGUGGUUCCUUUGGUGACUGGUUACGUCUCUGAGAUCCAAACAUUGAGCUUGAAGUUGAACGGAUUUGUGGAAAAGGAGAUCCCCACUGCUUGCUUAAAGAUAAUGAUCGAACAACGGGCGGAGUUUCGUCCCGGAGCAGGUAUUCCAGAGCUGUACGACGCGUCUCUUUCGCUUCACUCUGAUCUUCCUUUCUUCAAAAGAAUCAUAUGGAAAUGGCGGAAGACUUUGUUCGUGUGGAUCAGCAUGAGCGUGUUCGUUACGGAAUUGCUUUUCACUUUGGUUUGUUGCAGACCUCUGAUCAUCCCGAGAACACAGCGUAGAGACAGAUCGCCGUUAAGCCUCACUGGAACUACCGGAGCUAGUUGGGUCAACAGUUGA